AUGCCCGGUAGCUGGGAAGGCCACUAUAUCAGACUUGAACGUGGGUCACAUCACCUUCGUAUGCGUUUUGUGCCUUAUCCUCGCCCUACUACAGUCAUCAGGAUAAACAAUCUUCCACUUCCUUCCGAGCGCAUACCUGCAGGCUUUUACGUGUCCAUUAAUGUCGAUUCGAGGAGGCGCUGGAAAUCAGCCAUCCGAGUAGUAUCAUCCGACAAAUCUGGAGUAUUGGACGAUAUCGUAAUUUUAUCAUUGCUCGAGGUGCUUGAGUUAUCGCUGGAGAUCAGGGUUUCAUACGAGCUCGGUCGAAUGCUAGGCAAUGGAGAAGUCGUUGGAAAAGUCAAAACAUCGUGGGAUGAGCUGCUCGAUCAUGGAAAUGAGCCUUUCGACAUCUCCUUCCCGCCCGUUUGUGGCGAUCACUCUUCCCUUACUCUGAAGGCCGCUGUUUUACAUCCUUGCGACAAUCAGGACAGCGCACUGCUUGACUCCAUCGUUGAAUGUGAGCUUUCUCGAAACACGGAUGCGGGCCAUGAACAAUUUGCCACAUACGUGACAAGCAAGACGGUCUCUCACCUGAACGAUGCCGUACAGCAUUUUCAGUUGGUCUUAGACCAAUGUCUGAUCGGCCAUCCUGACCAGGCAGCGGCUCUCACCAACCUCGCGUGGGCCCGCCUUAAAGGCUACAUACACGAGGAUUUUCAAGACAUUGAGUCUAUCACUUCUCUGUUCCGCGAAGCCCUUGUCUUGCGUCCGCAGGGCCAUCCCGAUCAUCCAUUGUCUAUAUACCACCUCACUAAAGCGUUGAUCUGGCGCUACGGCAAGGAUAACACUGCCGUAUAUAUCCAUGAAUACGUGCAACUGUUCUGCAAGCUAUUGGCCCUCUGUCCAGAGGGCACCUACCUUCGUAGCAUCAUGCAUAACGUUGAUCGUGUGGUCCGCCUAUGCAACGGAUUUCCAAUUGACGCAUCUGAUGAAGGCAUUCGCCUUCGACGAAAUGUGCUCGAGCUCUGUCCUUUGGGCAACGAACACCGUCCAGAAGCACUCCACAAGCUUGCAUGGGUUCUCAUGGUACGCUUUCAACAACGCGGCACCAUUGAUGAUCUAGACGAGUGCAUAGAACGUGGUCAUGAAGCUGUUUCUCUGUGCUCUGAGGAACAUUCUAGACAUGAUUUCUACUUGAAUAACUUGGCCGUGUCACUCUAUCAUCGCUUCAAUCACCAAGGCCAUUCCAAUGACCUCAACCAGGCCAUAUAUUUGUACGAAGAAGUGCUGCGCCUGCACCCUGUUGGGCACAACCAUCGUGAUAGAACCAUCAACCUCCAGCGCGAGGCACUGACGUUGUGCCCGCCCGGGAAUCCAAAUCGUAAUUACACGCUUAACAACCUUGCCAGCACACUCAGAACUAUAUAUAAUGAAUUGGAUGCCAACGAGUAUCUCAACGAGGCCAUCGACCUCUCGGGGCUCCGUUCUCGUUUCAACCAAACUGGGAAGAAUGAAGAUAUCGAGGAGGCCAUUCGACUCUGCCAAAAGUCAUUGGUGGUUUUACCCUCAUUGCACCCAGAUAGAUAUUUCAGCUACAUGGUGCUGAAGAAUGCAUAUGUGGCUCGUUACCGGAUACAGAACAACCCUGCUGAUUUAUCGCUUGCUGUAGAUAACUUCAGACUGGGAGCGAGACACCCUACUCAAGGCUUUCCCCACCGGAUUGCAAUAGCUCUGUGCUGGGUUGACGCAGCUGAAAAUUCUCAACAUGACUCUACGCUUGAAGCAUACCAAAUAUGCUUGGAGCUUUUCGACAACCACAUGAUGACGCGAUCAUCAGUUAUCUCACGGCGUGAGGCUGCAACCACUUUCUGCGGUGCACAAUCAUUGCCAGUCGAUGCAGCCUCUUGUGCCAUACGUCGUGACGAUCUGCGACGAGCAGUUGAGCUCCUGGAGCAGGGUCGCGGCCUACAGUGGUCGCUGGCCUCUCGACUCAGGACACCGCUGGAAGACCUAAAGCUUGCGAGUCCGGAACUAGCUCUCAGGCUCUCAGAGAUCAACGAGCACCUGUCUGAUGCUCAGGGUUCCGUCGGCAGUGCUGACAGAGCUGCUGCCGAUCGAGCAGCAGUACAGUACAGGAGACUUCAGGAGGAGUGGGGUGCAGCGGUAGCUGAAAUCCGUGAUCUUCAAGAUUUCUCGCGGUUCCUGCUCCCGCCUUCAUACGAAGACUUGCAAGCCGCAGCGCGUCAUGGCCCAGUCAUCAUCCUCAUUGCGAGUCAAUACUCCUGCAGCGCCAUCAUUGUCCCGACGUCAGGAGAGCCCCACCACAUUAGCUUCCCGCGCAUCACUCUCACACAUCUGGAGAAGCUCAAGAAUGACUUUGCCAGGAAAAUACGGAUUGCAUCUUGUAUGCGUCCAGAGGAGACGAGGAAGGAAUUGCAAGUCCUCUUGCAGACAGUAUGGGACGACAUUAUGCUGCUCAUCGUCAUCGUUCUCCAACGCGAUCUCAAAGUAAGAGCGGCUCUCGAAUCUGGCUGUGUCCAACUGGAACCUUCACUUCUAUUCCUCUCCACGCAGCUCACCCCUUUCGAAAGAAGGCAGACGGACGUGGGCGGGAACUAUGCCUGGAAGACGUCUACAUCUAUGAUGAAGACAAGUGUCACUCCGUCCUUCGCUGUGAUUGGACAAAGUGAGCCCGGCGCAGGGCAAGGCAAGGCGCUCGUUACUAUCGACAGCGAGCUCGAGCUCGUCCGCAAGCUCGUUCCCACGACGGCCAACCCCAUCACUGUCUCUGGCGACGACGCCACGAGAGCAGGUGUACUCGACGCUUUGCAACGCAACACUUGGAUUCACCUCGCUUGUCAUGGGAAGCAGGACUGCGAGCAGCCUUACUAUUCACGUUUCGCCAUGAGAGACAAACCUCUGACGCUGCUUGAUAUCAUGGAGAGAGACAUUCCUCAUGCUGAGUUCGCAUUCUUGUCGGCUUGUCAUACCGCUGUUGGUGAUGAGAAGACACCCGACGAAGUCAUCCACCUCGCAGCUGGACUACAAUUUUCUGGGUUCAAGAGUGUCAUUGGCACGCUGUGGGUGGUCGAUGACGCUGUCGCAAAACACGUUGUCGAAGCUUUCUACGAGAAGAUGUUCAAGGAUGGUGUGAUGGACUGUACGAAGGCGGCCUGGGCACUCAACCGGGCUACCAACGCUGUGAGGAAAAAAGUGCCGCUUGAGCAGAGGAUAGUUUUCAUUCAUAUUGGUGUGUAGUUCUGCUAUGUUGUAUUUCUGUCGUCUGCUUUGGUUUUACAAGUCGUUGAUCGUGGAUUCUAUACCCUCACUGUACAUCAAGCUGUUGUAGAUAUUACCCUGAUAUUCUUGUGGUGUAAUCAUGCUCUCGUAUAUACCUCUCUCACGUAAGUUGUUGCGAAGUCACUAGUCGACUCG